GCCCCCUACUCACCAUCCCCCGUGCGCGCACAUGAGCGGCGCCGCUGUGAGAGUUCACUUGUCGUACUGCAAGCUCCGGCGCAAAACGUGACCGCGCACCUUUUUUUUUUUUUUUUUUUUUAAAAAAAAAAAAAAAAAAAAAAAAAACAAAAAAAAAUAAUAAAAUAAACAAAAAUAUUCUGCUCGCCCACAUUUUUAAAUACCCUUUUCCCCGAGCAAGAUGUAACUUCUCACAGCGAAUGAAUGCCCGCUCUUUUUUACAACACUUAUUUUCCAUUUCUCUACAGGCACAGGAUCGCGGGCGACGAGCCUUGCCGUUGAUGGGAGAUAUAUUGUGAAUUGUUUUCAGUAUGUUACGCCGAAGUGAUCUCCUGUUUUGCUUCUUCCUUCUGCUCGUGGAUCUCUGAUUUCUCCGAUUUGUCUCAUUUCGGGAAUUUGGCACCGAAAGCACUGAACCGGGGAGUGCGAGUGGAGCGCCUUCUAUCCACAACAAACGGGGGAUUUAAACGGCACUCGACGUGCUCCACAGAAAUAGAGAUAAAUAUAACAAUAAAAAUAAAUUCAUGUGGCGAUUCUCUCUUUAGCAAGAAAACAUUUUGGAUUGCAGAAUGAGCAAAGAAAGACCCAAGAGGAAUAUUAUCCAAAAGAAAUACGACGACAGCGAUGGGAUCCCCUGGUCGGAGGAGCGCGUGGUGCGCCGAGUGCUCUACCUCUCCCUCAAGGAGUUCAAGAAUGCGCAGAAGCGGCAGAUUGGGGACUGCCUCGGAGAAGGACCCAAAAACACAAAUGCUUCGCUAUCAAACGGCCAACUGAAUGGAUCCGGACCGAAGGGGCUGGAUAAGGCAGACCGCUCCAGAGGCUCCUCCUCCCGCAGCACCGACGGCAGCAGUGACUACUCCGAGGAUGGUCCGGUCAAGAAGAGGCCAAGACUGCAAGCACAAAGGAAGUUUGCCCAGUCCCAGCCCAACUCCCCCAGCACCACCCCGGUGAAGCUGCCUGAGGUGGCACUGCCCGCUCCAGUGUCCCAGAUCACGGACCUCUCAAGACGCAAGCCUAAGACCGAGGACUUUCUGACCUUCCUCUGCCUGCGAGGCUCACCAGCGUUGCCCAGCAACAUGGCAUACUUUGGGAGCUCUCAGGAUGAAGACGAGCUGGAGGAUGAGGAGGAGAGCAUGGCGAGUGGUGCACCGUCCACAUCCUGCCAGUCCACUCCACGGAAGGGCAAGCCGCCUGGGAAGCAGGCGGUCAACGGACAUGUGUUCAACGGCCACGGCAAGGUGUCUCGAGAGAAGGACUCCACUCCGAAACACAAGGGCCGCGAGGCGACGCCGGCGAAGGAGCGCAGCGAGACGGCCGAGGGCCGCAAGGAGCACGCUGUUGUCGGCGAGGGGGUCUCCACCCGGGGGCCGGUCGCCGGCGGCUUCCACUACAGGCAGUCGGCAGAGGAACUCCGCAAGCAGGUUUCCAAAGUGAACGGACUCACUCGGGCAUCCGCCCUGGUUGCGCACGCUCCCAGUGCCAAAACAAAAGACUUCCGACUGCCGUCCAAAACUGUGAAGUACGCGGACGCCGCGACCAAGAGCCACGUCGCACACACCAAAGCAAAACGAGUGCUGGUCAAAAAAACCAAACUGAACCACAGCAAACACACAGUUGUCCACAGACCCCUCCCCAGCAAUCAUCGCCACCACAACUCCCUCCUCCAUCACCAUCCCGAAAGCAACGCCCGCCAUCGCCUCCACCACUCCAACUCAGGAAAAGCCCAAAGUAGCAAUGCAAAAACCCGCAAACAGGUGCUAUUGUCCAAUGGGGCACACAAAGUGGCCGGCGGGGGUAGCAUGCGGCUCAACGGACGGCUCAACGGGCGGCUGUGCGCCAAGGACGACAUCCGGCAGGGACGCGAGGGCCUGCGUAACUCCAAGAGGCGCCUGGCAGCCACCGGGGGAGCCUUCAAGCUGCUCCUGGCUGACUCCAAAAAGGCCUCUGUGCAGGCUUCGUCCCCGGAGACGCGCAGCAAGAAGGCCAUGCAAGAAAAAGAGUUGCCCAAUGGGCAUGCCGCUGUGGAGCCGGUGCCUCCGCCGCCGCCACCACCCCUGCCGCCACCUCCGCCGCCACCCCCAGAGAACCAGCGACCCCGGCGGUCCACGGCCGGCAAGCUCAUGUUUAUCAGACAAGCACACCACAAGGCCCAGGCUGCCCCGGUUCCUCCCUCAGCCCCAGCCCCAGCCCCACCGCCUCCCCCCCAUCGCUCCACUACCUCAGCCAGCGAGCCGCACCGCACCCCUCACAAACCAGCAGAGCCUCGGCCGGAGAAGGAGAAGGAGAAGGAGCGCGAGCGGUCCCGCGCGGGAUUGUCGUACUUACCGGAGGUGUUGGUGCUGAAGCCCGACCAGGGCGAGUUCCAGGACCCCCUCAUGUACUUGGACUCGGUGCGGGAGCGGGCGGAGCCGUACGGCCUCUGCCGGGUGAUCCCGCCGCCCAGCUGGCGCCCCGAGUGCAAGCUGAGCGAUGAGAUGCGCUUCGUCACACAGGUGCAGCAUAUCCACAAGCUGGGCCGUCGCUGGGGGCCCAACGUCCAGCGGCUGGCCUGCAUCAAGAAGCACCUCAAAUCUCAGGGCAUCUCCAUGGAAGAGCCGCCGCUCAUAGGUGGCUGCGAGCUGGAUCUGGCUCGCUUCUUCCAGCUCAUCAACGACAUGGGCGGCAUGCAGCAGGUGACAGACCUGAAGAAGUGGAGCAAGCUGGCGGAUCUGCUGCGCAUCCCGCGCUCGGCCCAGGACCGGCUGGCCAAGCUGCAGGAGGCCUACUGCCAGUACCUGCUCUCGUACGACUCGCUGUCCCCCGAGGAGCGCGGGCGGCUCGAGCGAGAGGUGCUGGAGGAGAAGGAGAACCUGGAGCGGCGCAAGGGGCCCCUGGAGGGCCACUCGGAGAGCGCGCAGCGCACCCAGUCGCUGCCCCGCUACGAGCCCAAGAACGGCCUGGUCAACGGCGUGGUGCACAAGAACGGCCUCCGAGGGAAGCUGAAGGAGCUGGACGCGCUGGACACGCUGGACGCGCUCAAGAUGGGCCGCCGGCGACUCUUUGCUCAGGAACAGAGAGCCGAGGAGCAGGAAGACAAGAGCUUCCUCAGCGACCAGCACAAGUGUAUCUACAAGGGCAGAUCCGUGUCCUUAACCACCUUCUACCGGACGGCCCGCAACACCAUGAACAUGUGCUUCAAUAAAGAGCCGGGGGCAGCUGAAGUGGAGCAAGAGUACUGGCGCAUCGUGGAGCAGAAGGACUGCCACGUGGCCGUGCACAGCGGGAAGGUGGACACAAGCACUCACGGGAGCGGCUUCCCCGUUGGGAAGUCAGAGCCAUUCUCCAGACACGGAUGGAACCUCACAGUCCUUCCCAGUAAUUCUGGAUCCAUCCUGCGCCACCUUGGUGCUGUGCCAGGGGUGACCAUUCCCUGGCUGAACAUCGGCAUGGUCUUCUCUACCUCAUGCUGGUCUCGAGACCAAAAUCGCCUUCCAUACAUCGAUUACUUACACACGGGUGCUGAUUGCAUUUGGUAUUGUAUUCCUGCUGAGGAGAAGGCGAAGCUUGACAAGGUGGUCCACACACUGCUGCAGGCCAACGGCACCCCCGGCCUCGAGAUGCUCGAGAAGAACAUCAUGAUCUCCCCAGAGGUGCUGUCGCGAGAGGGGAUCCGGGUCCACCGCACCAUCCAGCAGAGCGGCCAGUUUAUCGUCUGCUUCCCGGGGACCUUCGUGUCCAAGGUGUGCUGCGGCUACAGCGUCUCCGAGACGGUGCACUUCGCCACCGCGCAGUGGAUGAACAUGGGAUACCAAGUGGCUAAGGACCUGAAGUGCAGGCGCAUAGCGAAGCCGUUCUCCAUGGAGAAGCUGCUGUACCAGAUCGCCACAUCCGAGGCCAAGCGGGAGAACGGACACGCUCUGAGUACAGUCGCUUCUCUUCUCAAAGAUCUCAGGGACAUAGAGUUGAGACAACGGCAGGAACUGUACAAGGCGGGGCUGCUCUCCUCGGCCCGCUACGGCACGCAGGACAACAACCAGGUGCUCGGCGACGGCAGGAAGAAGGCGCGCAAGUGGCUGGCGCUGGAGUCGUCCGAGCGGCGCUGCCAGAUAUGCCAACACCUCUGCUACCUCUCCAUGGUGGUCCAGGAGGACGAGAACGUGGUCUUCUGCUUGGAGUGUGCGCUGCGCUACGUGGAGAAACACAAGUCCUGCCGCGGCCUCAAGAUGAUGUACCGCUACGACGAGGAGCAGAUCGACAGCCUGGUGACCCAGGUGUGCGGCAAAGCGGCGUCGAGGGUCAGCGACAGCUGCAACGGCGGCAGCCCCGGCAAGACGCCCGUCAAGCGGGGGCCCCGCAAGCGGGCCACGGUGGAGGUGUCCCUCUCCCGCCUCUCCUCCUCCUCCUCCUCCUCCUCCUCCUCCUCCUCCUCCUCCCACCUGUCCAAAAGUGCUACAGGCUCCUCCUGAAGCUGCCAGGAGAGUCCCUCUGCGUUAUAUUUCUCCUUUUGGUCUUGGUUGCUUUGGAAAUACCUUCCCGACCGCCUCCCCCACUUCCUGUGACAAGGAAGGUUUUGCACUAGCUGGAAAGACUUUUAUUUUUAGACAUCUUUUUU